AUGACAAAGGUGUUCUGGCGUGAGUCGACGGUGAGCUACGAACGUAGCUUUUCAAGCACUAAUGCCGCCACGCAGACGCGGUAUAUGUUCGUUGGGUUUGAGCCUUGCUCAAAUAAGAUUUUGGAUGCGUAUGCUGUGGAGGAGGGCGUUAUCAACUACUUUGCGACCCAGUUUUACUAUCCUCCUGACAUCCCGAACGCUGUUACCAUGUACGACCGCACUCCAGAGGAGGUAUGCAGCAGGAUUGCCACCGGGUGUGGGGCUCUGUCGCCCUAUGCCAGUGAUCGGGAAUGCCAGGAAUUCGUAGCAGAGUUGAAGCGGGAAAAGCAGGUCAUGUGCGCAAAGCUUGGCGAGGAGGAGAGUUCCGUUGUCGGCUUGGCAGGGGACACGGUCGCCUGUCGCUACUCGUAUGCACUGGCGGCGGAGGCGGACCCGGAGAGGUAUUGUCCCUUUGUUGGAAAGGCUGCCAUGGGAUUGUGUGUGGAUUCGGCGUGCGGGGCGGAAUAUGACAAUGUCUUCGCCUAUCAGAACCCCAGGUUCGGCGGUAGCAACAGCUUCAGUUGUAACAAAUUGACGGGUGAGUGCGUGGAGAACUGGGCACCCUAA